GACACCUUGAAAUGAAAGUACAAAGGCCUACAUUCACAACACCAUAACCACACUAACAAAGUCACCACUAACUCCUCCAAACCCAUCUUCUCUGCCCAAUCUUUUUGGCCGUGAAAGAUGGCAACCGUCAGCGCACAGGCCUCCGCCCCCAUGUUCCAGCCGUGCGUGUCGAGGUCGAGGUUCCUUACUGGGUCUUCUGGUAGACUCAACAGGGAUUUGUUCAUCAAACCAAUGGCAUUUUCUUCCUCUACCACCACUUCUUCUCUCAAAAUUGAAGCCAAGAAAGGAGAGUGGUUGCCUGGUUUGGCCUCUCCAGGUUACUUGAACGGCAGUCUUCCAGGUGACAAUGGGUUUGACCCUCUGGGGCUAGCAGAGGACCCUGAGAACUUAAAAUGGUUUGUUCAGGCGGAGCUCGUAAACGGUCGAUGGGCGAUGUUGGGUGUAGCAGGAAUGUUAUUACCUGAAGUUUUCACCAAAAUUGGGAUAAUCGAUGUCCCAAAAUGGUAUGAUGCAGGGAAAGCAGAGUACUUUGCAUCAUCAUCAACACUGUUUGUAAUUGAAUUCAUUUUGUUCCAUUAUGUGGAGAUCAGAAGGUGGCAAGACAUAAAGAACCCAGGAAGUGUAAAUCAAGAUCCAAUCUUUAAGCAAUACAGCUUGCCUCCUAAUGAAUGUGGGUACCCUGGUGGGAUCUUCAAUCCUCUGAAUUUUGGACCCACUCUUGAGGCUAAGGAGAAGGAGAUUGCCAAUGGGAGAUUGGCUAUGUUGGCAUUUUUGGGAUUUGUGGUUCAACACAAUAUAACUGGGAAAGGACCAUUUGACAACCUCUUGCAGCAUGUGGCAGACCCAUGGCACAACACCAUUAUCCAAACACUUAGUGGCAACUAGAAUCUCAAAAAUGCUGGAUUUCUUUUGUAAUGGUGAUUGGGGAAAUAAUGGGUUGUGUUGGUGGGGAUUCAAGAGCAUCAAUGUAAACAAGAAACCUUUGAUUGUACAGGAGAGAAUUCAGAUGGCAUUUCUUAUGAUAGGUGAGGCGCCUAAUUAGAUGCAUUAUGGUAUCAUCAUUUUAUCAAAGCAAGAACCAGUUACACCUACUGCUUGUACCAAAACAAAUAUAUUCAGAUGACACUGUCUAUUA